UACCUGAACCUGGUUACAGCUUGGGUUUUGUCUCGCUGCAUAUACCGUCAGCUUCAGCAUCUUGACAUUUUUUUUAUCGGCGAUACAUCUGUUGGCCCUACUGCGCUCGGUCGUCUGCCCACUUAUAUCCCGGGACCCCCAAAACCACACAUCAGCCUCUUUGGCCUCACUUGGUUUUCGACGACGCAGUUGAUAAAAGUGACACCUCGUUCUGUCAUCGCCUUUACCCUUGCCAAAGGUACACCCGGUAUCUCCUUUUGGAAUGGAACAGACAGGUCCUCCCUCUCCAGCUCCCUCGAAUGAUGAUAUCUAUCACGACGGCCUUCAUCAUCUGAUUCGACACAAUAACGCGACGUCAUACCCAAGAGAUCAGCCUUACCCUGAAGAUAAUCUCAUGGGGCAUCCAGCCUCUCAGUCAAGGUAUGGGACCCCAGACCCACAGCAUGAUCGACCACACGACCACCCUUCGCCGUAUUCCCACCGCGCCCAGGAUGGGCAAACCAGCGGCACAGCCCUACAGUACUCCGGAUACGUCGCCCCCAACGCCCUCCCGGAGUUCGGAUAUGAUUACUACCCGUAGCGGGUUGACCAUUCAAAAACGAGCGACGACGAUCAAGCCCCUCGCUGCCCACGCCCCUCGAGUGGAGAAGGCUUCACCGCGAAAGAAAAAGGAACGCAGCAAAGUAUCGAAAAAGAUGGACGGCGUCCAGAAGCCGCUAAGUGAGCUGGCGCGAGAGAAUCCGCAGGUUUUUGUGGCAGACAUCAACGCCUACGUGAACAGACCAAUCGAGGAGCGUCUGAAAGAGGUCGAGGAGAGCAAAACGCCGGGCAAGAUCAAACGCCCCAUGAACGCAUUCAUGCUCUAUCGCAAAGCAUACCAGAACCUUGCCAAAAGCCUCUGCACACAGAACAACCACCAAGUCGUUUCGCAAGUUUGCGGCAGUGGAUGGCCAUUGGAGUCUGAACUGAUUCGCCAGCAAUUUAACGACUGGGCCAAGCUCGAGCGCCUGAAUCACCAAGAAGCUCAUCCGGGUUACAAGUUUACGCCUUCGAAACCGAAACCUAAAGCCCGGGUGGAAGACGACCAGCCGUCAGAUGAUGGGAACUUGGACGGCUUUGACUGGGCUGCAGGGCCCAUGUCUUCGAGGGGUCGGGAGAUGAAGGCACGCAGGCCCCAGGGACAGUACGACGCCCCACCUUCGAUCUAUCAUUCGUACGCUGGCGCCGCGGGAAGUCCGCCUUUGGGCUUUGGUAUCCCAUCUCAUUCAAUGUAUCAAUACAGCAACCCUGGAAAGCCCCCGCCGGCUCCUUACACUCACAGUGGCCUACCACCCGGUCAGUAUUACCAACAAAGCGUACAACAGCGACAUGAUGGUGUUGGCUUUGUAGAGGACGUUGUGAUCAGAAGGCCUCAAUCACCAACCAUGGCGUAUGCCUCCAUGCCGCAGAGUGAACGACAUGACGCGAUGGGGCAUUUUGGUCAUUUGCAGCACCAUGUCGGCGGAUUGGAGUCAUUUGUUGACACCGGAAUGAUUGGUGCGGACGCCUUGCCGUACGGCGCUGGUGGUUACAGUGACCCGCUUCUGGACGGUCACCACAGAUGGCCGAACCCUCUCGAUCUGAGUGACGCCAGGCAGGACUUGAUGGACGGAAUUCCCGGAGGGAUGUACGACGAUUCUUACCUGGACCCACAGUUGCAGUUGCUGCGAGGCCAAGAUAGCAGUUGGAAGGUGGAGGAGCUGGACGGAAGCCAUUUCAGCAGUUGGAUGGAUCCGUCAGAGUGAUCGCCAGAGUACUCUUGAGCUUACGGCGUUUUUUUUAGCAGCAUUCCAUCAAUUGCAACAAACUUCAAGGAUGAUUGACUAAGGGAGCGGCAGGUCUCCGAAUUAGACUGGAUCUGGAGUUAGGGGCGGAGUUCCUUUUACUUUUGUCCUUUUUUUGGGCACCAAGCUGGAGAUAUGCGACACGCCUUGCAUUUCGAUUCUUAGAUGAUGAUAGCUGCAUUUACGGUUGCGGCGAAUUGUGCGUGGUGUGCGGAAGUAUGGAAUGCUAGACGGGCGUUCCUCGAUUCGUUUCCGGACAUUAGAUGCAAAGAAAGGACUGCCACUUGGACAAUAUGAUUGUUGGAAUGU